AUGGAAUUGAAAAUUAGUGAACUUGAAGUUGUUUUUACAACUCAAUAUUCAUUAUUAUAUAGAUUUAGAGCUGCCUAUAAAGAUGGUAUUCGUAGUAUAAAAUUGUUCGGAACACCACAAGGUUUGAUUACAGUAGCCAAUCUUGUAUCAGGUGAUUCAUUUGAUGGAUACUACGAAUAUCAAUUCAAUACAAUCUUAGGAAAUAAUCUAAAUCCUAAUAUUAUAUCUUUCUCUUUAAAUUAUCAAUCAUAUACCAAUUUUUACAAAACUCUGGCUAGUGGUGCAUUGUAUGAUGAUAAAUUGGAUUAUGUACCUUAUAUCAAGAAUUUUUACCAAUUUAGUCCAAUGAAUUUUACAUACUUUGCAUUUGAAAAGAAUAGUAUUGAUAUGGGUGCUGGUGGAGAUGUAUUGAACACGCUCUGGUUCUCAUUGAACGAUAACGAUCCAACAUUAAAUCCGAUGUUGGACACUGGACUGUUCUAUAAUCUUGAUUCUUAUCAAGAUAAGUUUUUGUUUUAUGGUGAAUAUGUUUCGGAAAAGGAUAUGUAUAAGAUUGACUUUAUCGUCUAUCAAAAUACACUUCCUGGAAACUUUAGUUAUACUUUAUUAUCACCAACUUCCAAAUUUUCUUCAAAUCAUAUUUCAUCUUUAAUUGGGUCCAAUGCAACUUUUAAAAUAAUUAAUUCAAAUGGUGAUUUUAUUAGACCAAUUCUCAAAGAAUUAGUUUCAAACCUUGGAAAUAACAUCAAUGUUCAAACUGGAAAUACUAUGACAAUUGGAUGGAAUCUCCGAAUCACCGAUUAUCCAAAUGGAUUCCUGAAUGGAACAAUUGAGAUUGUAUCAGAGAAGGAUUUAGAACCAAUUUUCAUCAUGUUCAACGAAACUUCAAGAAUCAGAGGUGACAAAUACGAUGGUGUUUAUCAAGUGAAUUUCACAAUCGAUGGAGAUACUUGUAGAUCUCAAACUUUUGUUAUUUCAAAACUUCAACUUUUCGAUCUAUAUCCAUUUGUUAAGAUGGAUUCAUUUUACAAUUCAUUUUCUUCAGCAUUUGAUAUUGUAGGUACUCAAUAUGAAAAAGAUAUGAAUAUCACAAUCAAUUGUCAAGUGAAACUAAUAAUUUUUAUUCUUCAAACAGAUAUUCCUGAUUCCAAUCCACCAAAGUUAGAAACAUUAUCAUUCACCAAAUCGAUUGAUGUUGGAUCAAGUAAUAGAAUAUUUGAAGCAACAUUCUCGAUUUCCGAUGUUGGUUCAGGAAUUUCACUUCGACAUAAUCCAUAUAUUUAUAUUUUAACAAAUGAUGCAAUUUGGUUCAAAGUUCCAUCCCAGAGACUAAAUUAUACAUCAACUUUGGCAUUCUACAAUGCAACAGCAGAAUUACCAUGGGGAUUCGGACAAACUAAAUUGGUUGUAUCUAUUUAUGGAAUCGUUGAUAAUUAUUUGAAUAUGAAUGGAUAUUCAACUCAGAAUUUGAAGGAUGCUGGUUAUGAAUAUACGAUUAUCAGAACUCAAACUUUUACAGAUCCAAUCAUUGAAAGUUGUUCACAAAUUACAAAGAAAGGUGGAUCAAUCUUCCUUUACGGUCACAAUUUUGGAGUGGAAAAUACACCAUAUAGUUUAAGUGUUGAUUAUCGAAAUGGAAGUAAUUGGGUUGUAGUUAAUCCGACAAAGAAGUAUGCUUCUUUGAUACAAGUUGAUAUAUCACCAUUCACUUCAGAUUAUAUUCAAGUAAAGAUCCAAGUUAAUUCCGUGCAAUCAAAUAUCUUGAUUAUCUAUCCAAUGAUUAGAACAUUGGCACCACCAAAUCCGACAACUACACCAAAUCCAACAGAAACCCCAAAACCAACAGUCACACCAUCACCAAAUCCAAAACUUUGUCCAGGAGAACCAGUUUGUAAUAAUCAAGGUGAAUGUUUAUCAAACGGUUGUAAAUGUAAUGCUCCAUGGUAUGGUCCAUCUUGUUCAUCGAAAGUCAGUCCAACACCAAUUCCACCACCUGCUGAGAAUCCAUCAACAGAAUUCAAUGUAACCAAUCCAAGCAAUCCAGAUCAACUGAUCACUGCUAAAAUAAGUGUGGUAUCAUUGUUGGAAUUAAACUCUGAAUUUAAUACAAUUAAUCGAUUUGUAUUCAACAAAUGGAAUCUCAGUUCAGUUGUUUCCAAUGAUGACAAGACAUCCUACAGUUAUUAUUCAUAUUUAAAUGGAAGAAAUACAAUUGUCAACACAACAAUCGAUUUCUUCAAGAAGGAAUCAAACAUCACUUUUGCAGGUGGUGUUAUCAACAUUGUUCCAUUCACAAUCAAAUUCACAGUUGAUAUCGAUCAUUUCGAUUUCGUUGACAAACUUUCAUUGAUGCAAAUCGUCAUGGAGGCAACUGUCACCACGUCAGACUCUGGUGCUUGUUCAUCAAAGUUCAUUGGUGAAGAAUCUAAUGACAAUGUUCAAUGGGUGAAGAUGAACAUCAAUGACAACUCAUUGUAUGGUAGAUUCUUAGAUCGUGCGCUAGUUGACGACACCAUCGUCACAUCAAAGAACGUUAUAAUCGAAAAUGACUCUAGUGAUUCAUACAAUUCAGUGACAUCAAAGAUCGGUAUUAUCAUUCCAUACUAUGAGAACAACGCGAUUAUAGACCCUGAUUUCUCAUCGUUGGUCGAUUCCAACUACGAUGGACCAAGCAAGACAUGCAAAAAGAAAGGAUUGUCAACUGGUGCAAUCGUUGCUAUUGCUAUUUAUUUCACAUUCAAAUAG